GUCACUCAUCUUUUUACAGUUUUAGCGUCAAGCUUCACUCUCCCGGUCUCCCCUAACCCUAACACAAUGACGGAAACUCGACGUGGUAAUCGCUCGAAAUCAUAUAAGCUUACGAAUGAUUUUGGCGAAUCUCGAGCUAAACGAUCAUCCAAAUUUAUGGAGAUAAGAAGGCUCAAGAGGGAGGAUUUAUAUCUGCGGAAACGUAAUUUCGAGUAUUUCAAUGGCGAUUCUUCUCAAAUCAUGCAAAAUAAACUGAUGACAAAAUCAGGAGCUAGUCAAGAACUGAGCUGCUUGCUAGCGGGGAAUCUGACAAUUAGUCAAAUAUUGUGUUCCAUAUGUGGUACUGCAACUCCUCCAAACAACGUAAACAUGUGUCCGAACUGUCUAUGUUUGAAAAUCCCCAUUACGAGUGAUCUACCAAGUCGUGUCAGCAUUGUACAUUGCCCGGAUUGUGUAACCUACUUGCAGCCUCCAUCAACUUGGUUAAGAGCCGAAAGAGACUCCAAGGAGUUGCUAUCAUUUUGUCUCAAAACACUGAAAAAAUUAGCUGAAUUUCGGUUGAUUGAUGCAAAAUUCUUGUUGACAGAACCUCGUUCUAGGAGGAGGAUGAUAAAGCUGCGGGUUAAAGUUCAAAGAGAAGUCCUUGAUCGAGUAUAUGUUGAGAAAUCCCACGACAUUGAGUAUGUUGUUGUCCAUCAAAGGUGUCCAUCUUGUUGUAUGGCAUUGCCAUUGCCAGCAAACCCUGAUCAUUGGGAAGCAGUUGUUCAAGCUAGGCAAUAUGUCCCUCAUAUGCGCACAUUCUUAUACCUAGAGGACCUUAUUAAAAAACACUCAGCAGCAAAUUCAGCAGUGAGACUUAAACGGGUAAACCAAGGUCUUGAUUUCUUCUUUGCUAAGAAGCGUGAUGCUGUGAAAUUCUUCGAGUUCAUGUGUAGUGUUGUUCCUGUGAAAUCACAAACCUUUCACAAAACAGCUUUCACAAGAUUUAGCAUGGCUGCAGUUAUAAGCCCUAUUUGCCACGAUGAUCUUAUUUAUAUCUCGCCUAAGCUGCUCUCUUCCAAAUUAGGACAGAUUGGUCCUCUUGUGAUCUGCACAAAAGUGAAGAACACAAUCACUUUGUUGAAUCCUUUCACAUUGGUUGAUUGUGUUAUUGAUGGAGAUCAGUAUUGGAGAGCGCCUUUUGAACCUAUAUUAAGUAGUAAGCAGCUAAUCGAGUAUAUUGUAUUGGAUGUUGUUAUGAUUGUUUCUGCUGAAGUUGACAACAACAGCAAGAGAAACACGUUGGCGGAUGUUGAAAUUGCGAGGGUGUCAGAUUUCGGAAAGAAUGACAGAAUCAUUUCGGUAAGAACACAUCUCGGUCAUCUUUUGAAGACUGGUGAUCAUGCUCUCGGUUAUGACUUAGAUGGAGCGAAUUUUAACAACGCCGAAGCAGAAGAGAACAGAGGUUUGUUUCCAUCCGCAGUUCUGAUAAAGAAAAAGUUCUCUGAUGAUGAUAACUGGCAGGAGAAGAAGACUUUGAAAAAAGCUUGUUCGAAGAAGAAGACUAAUAAUAAUAAUGAUUCAGAGUAUGAACAGUUUCUUAGAGAUUUGGAGGACGACCCUGGAAAAAGGUUUAAUAUAUCGUUGGAUACGAGUGUCGAAGAUGAAUGUUCACAUAAGGUGGAGUCUACUGCAACCGGUGCAGAUGCAGUGCCGUUUAGCCAAUUGGAAGAUGUUUUUGCUGAUCUGGAUUUGAGCGAUGGUUGCAUCACUGAUGCAGAGUAGGUUAUUCUGUUAGCCACUUAGCCCUUUUACAGUUUAUCUAUACAACUUUUAAUCUUAGGUUUCAGUUUCAAGUAUUCGCUAUGGCUCGUUUACUUUACUUGCAAGACCCAAUAUUUUCGGGUUGGGUCGAUUUUUGGCAGGUCUAAAGCUAAGGUUAGAAAAGUAUCUAUUCCAAUCGUAGUACAUAGAAUAAUUGUUAUACCUAAACAAAGUCUAGUUAUACUUGUGUUACUUCUAUGGUUUUUAGUUAUCUUUAUAGGUGACAUUAUUUAAACAGUAAUUUAGUA